AUGCCCCGCACGCCGAUGCCGAUCACGACGACCUCUGUGCUCGGCGUAUUGCUAAUGGAAGCCCAGAGCAACGAGGAAACAUUUCCUGCAGUGUCGGUAGACUGGCAAAUCCCCCCAUCGGAAGUUCCCGCCCAGGUUCACUGGCUGGUGCGUAGCUUUCGUGUUGGAAUCCUUGUCAAAGCUGACGUCCCGCUUCCUCGGCCUCCUCAGCCAUCGGUGACACGGGACGAUAGUCUGACUGCAAUGCAGACCUGGUCCCAGUUUUUACAGCAAAAAGACAUGCGCCAUGUCAAUCCGAAGAACAGAUACCGAACCACGGCUAAAUAA